AUGUCACUUUUUGAACAUUGGUUUAUACUUACUCCAAACGAGUUACAGUUUUUCACAAGUGAUCCAGAGGGUUGUUUAUCGUCGGGUGGGAUUUCCAGUAUCAGUGUAGGACAUGACGCUAAAGCUAAUUCAGUCUAUGCUGAUUUAAAUUCUAUUUGGAAUGUAGAUAAUCAAGCAAGUGAAUUGUGUGUAUGUAACAUUGAAACAAUAAUGGGUAUCUCUGAUAGUUCCCAGCACAUGCUAACACCUCAGCCUUGUCGUCAAUUAACAGAACUCAUCUUUACAAUAUUCUGCCGAUUAUAUGAGGAGGCGGACCCAGUGUUAUAUGAGAUAGUUCAGGAUGUUAAAGAAUGUGAAACACAAAUCUACAUGUUAACUUUAUUAGGAAAAUUAAUUCAUAAAAUUGAUUUAAUUGCUUAUCCUCAAUUCAUUACUCCAAUUCUAAACACUUUGAAUCAUUUAUGGAGUAUUGGUAAGUUAAAUCAACUAAAACUAUUCAUUAUAUGGUUUACGAUUUAUUUGGACAUCCAAUAUUCUCAACAAAAUUUUACAUCUUUAUCAUCGAGUGCAAUUGGUUUAAUUUUUCUAGCUGCAAAAUAUUGCUUGAUUCGUGCUCCCGAAGAUGCACAUUCUGAUGUUACACCCAAAGCUACAGAACUUCGACUAGAACUUCUCUCUCGAUUAGUAUUAUAUCAUAAUAUGUGGUAA